UAAUUUUUCUUUUUAUACAAAAAUCAUGACCUCCAGUUCUCACCAGAAGACCAGAACCGAAGUGAACUGAAAAGCGAAGACCGGGUUGGUCGUCAAAUUUCCAGGGUUCGAUUUCUUAACCGCACGAGGCCAUGAGUGAAGGCUCAGAGGAAGGCAUGAAGAGUGUGGAACCGAAAGUAAAAGCAGCAGAAGCAGGCCAAAAGGAUUUGGUAGCCAAAGAUGCAGACGACUCGGUGCAGAAGAAGAAAGACCCUACACUCUCCGAUGCGCCACCAUUUCUCACACACCAGUCUUCUUCUCUUCGAAGCCGCAAAUCCCCGUCGCCCCCGGUCCAAUCUUCUUCAGAAUCACCGAUUUCCGAGGGCCACUGCUCCCCCACUCCCACCCUUGACAAACGCUUCUCUCCUCCGCCACAAAACUCGCCGCCCCACUCCUCGCCGGACUCAUCGAUUUCCUCUGAUCUCUGCUCCAUCGCUGAUGGAGCCCCUCCAGUCGAAGACCAUCGCUUUUCCCCGAGGCCACAGGAAAAGCCUGCAUCGCCGGUUGUGGUGGCCAAUCGGUUUCAGGUGGAGCCGAAGGUGGUGACCAAGGUAGAUCCGGGAGCCCAAAAGGGUGUCGUGGGCGUCAAUGAUGUCGAAGAAGGCACAGGCGCCGCCGGCUCCGGGAGCGAUAAUCGGCGAUUAAGGCCAGACGUAUACAGUUUAUUGAGGUCAAAGAAAGAGAGCAAGUUGAACAAGGCUUUGUUGGGGCUUAGGAUCGUUGCUUCUGUUCUCUGCUUGGCCUCCUUCUCGGUCUUGGCUGCUGAUAGGGAUAAGGGUUGGGCUCUGGACUCCUUCUACGUGUACAAGGAACUCAGGUAUAAUUUUUCCGUUAAUGUAAUAGGAUUUGUUUAUUCUGGGUUGCAAGUAAUUGGCCUGGUUAACUACUUCAUCACCGGAAAAUACUUAUCGCAGCAUCGUCUAAGGGGUUUCUUCAAUUUUUCCAUGGAUCAGAUCUUGACUUAUCUUCUAAUGUCUGCAUCAUCAACGGCUGCUACAAGAGCUUAUGACUGGGAAUCCAACUGGGGCGAAGACGUGUUCCCAGAGAUGGCUAAUGCAUCAGCAGGCUUAUCCUUUGUUGCAUUUGUGGCUUUUGCUUUAACCUCUCUUGUCUCUGGUUACGUCCUUUGCAAGUUCAGGUAGUUUAUAUUUUCAAAUGAUUGCCCUUGACACGCGCUUCUGUGUUAUGAUUGAUGGAGUUUCGCCUUUUCCGAUGGUUGAAUGCGCUCGAGUUUCUGAAGAGGUGUAUUGCUAUUUCAAGCGUUGUACAGAAAGAGAGAUGGAUAUAUACUUCAAUAUGUUCAUGUCUGUUCUAUAGAAUAGGAUGUUUAUAACCUGUUGUUUUUAAUGUCUGUUUUGUCCCACAGAUACCCGUUUAUUUCACACUUUUUUGUUUUUUGGUUGGGGGUGGGGAUAUUCUCGUGUCAGGUCUUUAUUUUAUGCCUAUUUUUGUGAAUGAUGUGUAAUUUCGAUUUAUCUUUAUUCGUAAAUUUAUGAUUACUUGGAAGGAAAAAUUUAUGAGGAAUUGUGCC